AUGGAGGAGGCUCAAGUUUCGACUCAGUCUGUCGAUAUUGAACCUGUCAACGACAAACACCCAACAGAAGUGACCCCGACCGAACCCGUUGGCAACAACCAUGCGGAGCCACAUAACGCUGCAGAGAUUGUCAAGACAUCCGAGCCCGAGUUGGUGUUACAAGCUCCUGCCGAAGAGAAUCGUCCUGUUGACGUAACUACAGCUCCCAAUAGCGAAGAUUCGUCUACGUCUGUAUGUGAGCCUCCGCUCUCCCCUCGCUCGGGCCGUUUAUCCGAAGGAGCUGAGGUGGUGACGCCGGCAGGCACAGUCGAGGCACCUGUCAGUGCGAGUGAUACUCCGUCAACAGAGGAGAAGGAAUCUAUAGCUCAAGUGAAAAGAACUAAUGUAACUGAAGCAGAAGCGCAUGCAGUCGACCACGAACUGCAGCACGAAACAAUCACUCUAACCUCCACACCAGCAGCAGUUACCACAGAGUCAAAACCGCCCGUAGCAGCACCUUCCCCAUCAAAGAAGGCCAAGAGCGAGAAGAAGCAGGCCAAUCAAGACUCUUUCGCUAGUGAAGAAGUAUUGCACGAGAUGCAGAAAUUCCUCACGCUUCAGAUUGUGGAGAAUCGCUGCGGCUCACACACGAAGGGUAUUCAAGAAUUCGUGGAGAAUCAUCUGAAUGAGAAACAGCGGAAGCGAUACAUUGCUCCACUAUUAGAGCGCAUCGUACAGAACUUUACACAAGAGGCCACAGCUAAGGGGGAAGAGGUUUCCCUCGACGUGCAGUCCAAUAUCUGUCUCAUCGAGCAAAUGUUCCUAACAUUUGGACGACGUUCACCGCUCCAGGACAUGUACACUGCAGAGGAAGAAGAGAUGCUAGACUUGCUCUUCCACAGCAACAGCAGCAACAACCUACCGAUCGAUACUUAAUGCUUCAAAUGCAUCUAACUUCAGCAAGGAA